GCGGACUUUGCAGCAGGGAGCAGCCAGGCAGGGCCUGCGUGUCUGGUGCAGGGCGGAUUGAGAGAGCCAGGGAGCGGGGGGACACGGCGGGCAGGGGGCGAGGGAAGGGCUGCAGGUGCUGUUGUGUGGGGUUCUCUGAGGCUCUGUCAGGAUCCCCCGCAGCGUCCUGCGCUCGCAGUUCUCUCUAAAAGGUUGAGAGAGCUGAGGGUGUUUAGCCUGGAGAAGAGAAAGUUCCAUGGAAACCUUCGACCCCCUCCCAGUGCCUAAAGGGGCUCCAAAAGAGAUGGAGAGGGACUUGGGCAAGGACAGGGAGAGGCAGGAAAAGGGGGAAUGGCUUCCCAUUGACAGAGGGCAGGGUUCGGUGGGAUACUGGGAAGCAGUUCUUGACUUUGAGGGUGGUGAGGCCCUGGCACAUACUGUCCAGUGUGGCUGUGGCUGCUGCAUCCGUGGAAGUGCUCAAGGCCAGGUUGGAUGGGGCUUGGAGCAACCUGGGAUGGUGGAAGGUGUCCCUGCCCAUAGCAGGGUGGAACUGCAUGGUCUUCAGGGUCCCUCCCAACCCAAACCAUUCCGUGAUGAAAAAGAAGGUUACAAAUAGAGAUAGGUCUGUCAGAAACCCCCUCACUGGUUCCACCACUCACAGCACAGUUCUGUGCUCUCAGCUUGCCAGUGUGUCUGCUCAGUCAGAAAACCAGCACUUUGUCUGGAGCCCAUAAAUACAGAAAUUAAAUAACCAUUGAGAAAUUACCCCAAGGCUUACGGUGGACCAGCUCCAAGUCAUUAGUCCCACCCACAGUCCUCGUGUGAGGAUACAGAUUUGGGGUUUGAAGGAGUCCACAGUGGAUGGAGGGUGUAGGAGCACAGAGAGCCCACAUCAGGGUGUGAGAUAAUGCCUCUCUCUCUUCAUACACUGUCCAACUUUGUGAAUAACAACAUUAAAUUUUGGCCUUACUUUCAACAAAAUGCCUCUGCACUGAAAAUGGGAAUGUGAACUACAGAGUGGUAGCACGUGCAGAGAAGAUCUCACAUGGAUUUUGUGAGUACGAAAGGGGCAAGUGAAUUCUAAUUUAGAAGCCAGGAUGGAAGUCUUAAUGCCUGAACCUCAGAUUUAUGUGGAAAGAACUCUGGCUAUCAUCAAACCAGAUGUCAUUAAUAAAGAAGAAGAAAUAGAGGAUCUCAUUCUCCGGUCAGGAUUCCACAUCAUUCAGAAAAGGAAGCUCCAGUUAAGCCCAGAGCAAUGUAGCAACUUCUAUGCAGAACAAUUUGGAAAAGUGUUUUUUCCUAAUUUAACAGCCUAUAUGAGUUCUGGUCCUAUAGUUGCUAUGGUUCUUGCUAGAAAUUGUGCAGUCUCUUACUGGAAGGAAUUGCUGGGACCAUCCAACAGCCUGAGAGCUAGGAUAACUCACCCUUCCAGCUUAAGAGCACUCUUUGGGACUGAUGAGCUGAGGAAUGGGCUCCACGGCAGUCUCAGCAUCUCCUCAGCAGAGAAGGAAAUUCGAUUCAUAUUUCCAGAAGCAAUCUUGGAGCCAGUUCCCACUGGCCAGAGGGCUCGGGAUUACCUGAACCUGUAUGUGAAGCCCACGCUGCUGGCAGGGCUCACUGCCCUGUGCAAAGAGAAGCCAGCAGACCCCAUGAUUUGGCUUGCUGACUGGCUGAUUGAGCACAAUCCUAAUAAACCUAAGCUGCAAUAUCGCAUCUCUCAGAAACAGCAUUGGCAGUGAGAGCUUGGUGGAAGCCAUCUCACACAUUCCAGUUUAUAGAUGUGUAUUGUCAUUUUUGGUGUGUCCUUUGACUGUAUAAGCAAUACUGUCUAAAGUAAAUGCAUUUGUCAUAACUGCUUGUGUCCUCAUGGGAUAAAUAACCCUACACUUAACCAGAUGCAGUGGUUCUAGUACCUUCUCUACUGACAAAGUGAAUGUAGAAUUACACAAUAAAUUUAUGCCAUUGGGUGAUUAGACAAUGUUGUCAGUGGGUGUGACUUACUGCUUUUGCCCGCAUUUUUCUUAGUUUGGCAGUGUGGGAGAACAAAAUCAUUCACAGCAGAGUGGAUUCCCCAAUGAAAUCCACCUGGCCUGUGCUUUGCGAAGCCAAGGGUUGUGUUUCAGCAAUUUUUUAGCAUAAAUGCAGUUAUGAAGGGAGGUACUUGGAUAUAAUGUAGAAAACAAUUACUGGAGGCAUAUUAGCAACUUUGGAAUUUUAAUUGCUGAUUACAUCACCCAGCUAAGGUUGUCCUUGAGGAUGAUUCACUUAAGUCUGAUGUAUUUUGUCAGAAUAUAAUUCGAAGGACUUAUUUGAAGGUACAUUCAAUGCACCUUUCCCAUUUUGGUGCAAAAGGCUCAGGGACUAUGAAUAACAGGAUGUCUUUUAGUCAAGGACUAAGGUUGUCUUCCAACAUUUGUUUGCAAUAAAGGUGCUUAAUUGGAACAGCUCACCUUAAGAGUGUUUUCUGUGUUCUCCUGCUCCUAAACAUACACAAAUUUCUGUUUUCCUCAAACUUUUUGUAUGUUCUGUUGAAGAAUUUCACAAGAGUGCUCUUCCACAGGCAAUGGCUUAAUCCCAUGCUAUUGCCUUUUAUGAAGUAACUAAACUGUUUUUUGGGGAUGUGGGGCUUUUUAAUUUUCUUCAAAGAGCUGUACUUACGCUGUUAACUUCAAGCUUUGUGUCUUAUGGUUUGACUGGCUAUAAUGAAGAAAACAGUGUAAUUUUCAUAACUGAAAUAAGAGCAUGCUUGACGAAUACUAAACAAACAAGCAAUUUCAUAAUUUGUUUCAUGAAAAAACUUGCUUCGCCAAUUUGAGUAAUUAUGAGAAACAUAAGUCAUUUUUCUGUAACAUCAGACUUUGUCGAAGUGAAUUGUUUAUCCUCUCAGUGGAACAAGCCACUAUUGCCAGCCCAGAUAAUAAACAUUUAGAAACUGGCCCCUACAGUACCAAGACCUAAAAAUCUUGGGACUGCCAAGAUAAGGAAAAAAAAGAAAGCUCAAACCCUCAAAUAAUGAAGAAUAAAAGUAUGAGGUGGUUAGAAAUACAGUAAACGGAUCUGUUUUCAACCAAUUUAUUCUGCCUAUAAUUAUUGUCCCCAUAUGUGUCUGAUUUCUCCAAUUACAGGAUGGUUGUGCUUUGUGGUUUUUUGUCAGCCAAAUAAAAAAAUGGAUUUUCUGAAGAUGCCAGAAACUAAAAUUCGGUGAAUUCACAAGGCAUUCCCCUGUAUUUUGUUAGUUACUAUGAUAUUUGUGUGCUUAUUUUGAUGUGCUACUGUUUGACAAUAAAUACAUCCUUAAUGUUCCUG